AUGUCGUUACUUAAAGCAGGCUUUAGGGACCGAUUGAAGGAGAGGAUCCGUGACAGAAGUCAAGACAAACAUCAGAUAGAUGCCUCUAAACCGGUCUCCAGGGUGUUUUCUGGUCGCUUGAUCGCCGAAAAUGCACCUCACAUACCCGUACUGGCGAACCCCAGCCAUGAUUGCCAAGACACACCAAUACGAGAGCUUUGGAACGUGGCGUACGAAAAGUUGCGAGUAGAAGAUGCUCAACUUGUUGAAAAAUACGAAGCCAGCCUUAAAGAGAGCCUGUGCGCAAACUUGGACUGUGGUGCAAGCUCAAAGACGAGCACAAGAGAUUGGAUGGACACCAUACUUAAGAAUAAGGUGCAAGAGACACAGGCGAAUAUCUGGAAAUUGACAUUCAGAAGUUCGGAAAUUCAACUCACAGAGGCUAUCCCAAAGGUCUUGGGGGUACUCAAACUAGUCAAUGACUUUGUUACUGCUGCUGUCAGUUCCAACCCAUCUGCGUCUCUAGCCUGGGCUGGUGUUGGCGUGUUAUUGCCACUCUUUUUAAACCCUAUAGAGCAGGCUUCGGACCUAGCAGAUGGGUUGGAGUACAUUUCAUCGCUCAUCGUCCAAAGUCGAAUGCGAGAAGACCUAUACCAUCGGCGCUACGAAUUAAACAGCCUCUCCGAAGCAUCUACAACAUCUAAAGCCAUUUACAAGAAUACUUUGGAAGAGUUGUAUCGACAAAUUCUAAGAUUCCAAGUGACAAGCUAUUGCUACUACACCCAUAACGAAGCCUCACGUUUUGGACGCGAUUUCGUCAAACGAGACGAUUGGAGUGAUCUGAUAGGAAAGAUUCGCACCCAAGACUCCCAUUUCAUCAAGAUCAAUCAGCUUUGGCGCGAAAACCAGUACAAUGAUGAAUGCGUGGCGGCGCAGCAGCGGCACCAAGAGAGCAUGAACAGUUUAACAGUCGUUGGCGCAGAGCUUUCGGGCCUCAGGAAAGCAGUAGAAGAUGCUAAUUCUAAGAGCGAUCAUCAAAGUCUAAUGCGUUGGCUGUGUGGUAUUGAUCCAUCACCAAUAUACAACGCUGCCUUGAAUCGGCACGAGGCCGGUACAAGCGAGUGGCUGCUCAGAAGAAACGAAAAGUUCUCUACUUGGAUAAAGAUUUCUAGCACUUUUAUAUGGCUUCAUGGAAAAGCCGGCUCGGGGAAAUCAAUUCUAAGCACCUCGGUCAUCAAACAUCUAAAGGAUAAAUAUGACGAUGAUUCAUCAGUUGCUGUCGCUUAUUUUUAUUUCAGCUUUAGCGAUUUGAAGAAGCAAGAAAGAGAUGGUAUGCUCAAGUCGCUAAUCAAACAAAUAUGCUGUCAACGACCGAACAUGCCUGAUUCAGUCAGGAAGCUGAGAGAAUACAAGAGUCAAGACGCACAACCACCCACUGGCGUUCUUGAAGAAAGUUUAUUAGAUGCCAUGUGCGGAUUCGCAGCAACAUAUAUCGUAAUUGACGCCCUUGACGAAUGUCCCAAGUUCAAGGGCGAACGAGCAGAGCUUAUGAAGAGUCUGAAUCGCAUUCUUACAACUACAACCGCGGCCAAAACAUGCAAUCUCCAUCUAUUCUGUACAAGUCGGAUGGAGUUAGAUAUAAGUAUCGAAUUCAGAGGCCAUUUAUCCAGGCCAGAGGCUGCAGAGGUUGACCUAUCUUGUUGCAAAGAGGAGAUGGAGCAAGAUAUUAGCCAGUACAUAGAUACGGCUUUAUUAAGCGCAGACUUCAACUCUUGGCCACAAACAAUUCGGACAGAAGUAAAAGAGGAGUUGAUCAAAAAAGCAGAUGGAAUGUUUCAGUAUGUUCGCUGCCAAUUUGACAACUUACAGCGGUUUAGAUCGCCAGCUGAGAUCCGGAGAGCUCUGGAACAGCUUCCACAAGGACUUGAUGAGACGUAUGAGAGGAUUCUACGAAGUAUAGAUCCUGUUUAUCAGACGCAGGCAGCAAGUUGCCUCAAAUGGCUGGCCUUCUCCCUCUGCACAUUAACCGUAGACGAACUCGCUGAAAUAUUUAUUCUGCGACCGGAAAACGACACUAUGAUUGAUGAAGAUGAUCGUGUUUUCAACUCAGAGGACGUUUUGGUAUAUCUACAUGGACUUAUUAUUGUUGAGAUGGAUAGAGAAACAAAAUAUGUCCGUCUGUCUCAUUAUUCGAUUAAGGAAUAUCUGGUUUCUGGUCGUGUUUGCAAAGACCUUGCGUCAGCUUUCUCGCUCACCGAUACUGGCGCUCAUAUCUGGAUUGCACGUUCAAGCCUCGCCUACGUUCUACACGCGGGCGUUACUUGCAAAGUUGUAGAGAACCUUGAGAAAUUCAAAUCUGAUCCCAGGGGCAACUGCAACUCCAUUCAUCGCGACACGCUAAAAUGGUAUACAGCUGCAAACUGGCCGGGUCAUCUUGAAAUGGUCCCUCGAAAAUCAUGGCCAACUGAAGUUGUUAAAAUGGCGAACUCUGCUCUCUCUGUUGGAAGCAAAGGUCUAACCAUCACGCUCUUGGCGAGCCGUCGAGAGUCCGAUAGAAAUGGCCCCGAACGUUUAUGGCAUCCAUACUAUUUCACUGCUCGAUCAGGAUACUCACAGUUGACUGAGCUAUUACUCUCAGAUGGCCCAAGCACAGGCGCAUAUUUGACGCAGGAAGAUAUGGACACCAUGUUACAGCUUGCAACGGAGGCAGGUAGCAAAGAACUUGUGCGAGCUCUCCUAGACAGAGGUGCGGCCGUCAAUGCAGAAAAGGUCAACAUUGGAUAUGCCACAACUGGCGAGGCAUUGCAAAAGGCAGUUCGGCAUGGACAUCUGGACAUUGUAAGGACCUUCCUUGAGAGCGGCGUUGAUGUAAAUGCGCAGUGCGGGAGAAGGGGCUCAGCCUUGGAAGCUGCUGCAGGGCAAGAUGGAUUGGAGAUGCUGGAGCUUCUCAUCGACCACGGCGCUGACAUCAACGGCCCAAACGCAAGAGAAGUUCUUUUUUCAGCAGCAACGCGCAAAGAUAAUACCAGACACCUUGAGUUUCUCCUAGCCAAGGGAGCCGACAUAAAUAUGCGUGGCACUGGAGACCAUGCAAAGACGGCGCUUCAUCAAGCCGCAAGCUGGGGAAAUUGGGAUAAUUUCGACCUACUGCUACAGAGAGGAGCCGACAUCAAUAUUGGCGGAAAAGAUGGCUUUCCUCUUCAUGGGCUGGCUCGGAAUGGCGAUGAUGUUGAUGGCGCGCUUGACCGAAUGAGGCGCCUGAUGGAGAUGGGCGCGGAUCUCGAGGCCCAGUGUGAAGGGUCGGGGACCGCGUUGCAUUUUGCAUGUCACAGCUCGGAAACCAGUGCUAUUCGCAUCGCACAGUUUCUGGUUGACAGCGGCGCUGAUGUGAAUGCCGUGGGGGGUCUUUUCGGGACGCCGCUGCAGGCAUGCGCGAUGCUCGGGAAAAUGGAAUUGGCCGAGUGGCUGCUGGCCAACAAGGCCGAUGUGAACCUGCAAGGCGGCUACCACGGCAGUGCUCUUCAGGCCGCAUGUUCACACGCAAAACUGGAGCUGGUGCAGUUGCUGCUUGCCCAUGGCGCUGAAGUGAAUGCCCAGGGCGGAGAAUUUGGCAAUGCGCUGCAGGCUGCCUGCAGCUGCUAUGAUCCAGCAGCCCUCGUGCGCUUGCUGCUUCAAAGUGGCGCUGAUGUAAAUGCAGUUGGUGGUCGAUUUGGAACAGCAUUACAAGCUGCGGCAGCCGCGUCGAAGAUGUAUUCUGAUGAUGCGCAUAUGGAGAUAAUACGCCUCUUACUUGAACACGGGGCAAAUGUCAACAUCCAGGGCGGCCAGUACGGCAAUGCUUUAAAUGCCGCCGCCGCCGCCGCUGCUCCCAAUAUGAAACUGCUCCAACUCUUAUUGGACCAUGGCGCCGAUGCUAACCAAGUGUCUGGCCAGUAUGGCACUGCCCUACAUAAUGCUCUCGAGAUGCCACGGGCAGGAUGGAUAUGGCAUGACGGCUUCAAGGAUUGGUGUAUUGGCAAGAUCCGGUUUCUUCUUAAAAAUGGUGCCGAUAUUAAUUUUUCGAGUGGCGAAUAUGGCUUGCCUCUUCAAUCAGCAUGUGCACACAGCGACGACUUCUAUUUAACAGUACAUGUUAGAAGGAUAGACGCGGCAACCGAGACGGUAAAAUUUCUCCUCGACCUUGAACCUCCGAUUGAUGUCGACGCUCAUAGUGGAAUUUUCGGGACAGCUCUACAGGCGGCGGCGUACUCGGGCCUGGCAGAAUCAAUCAGUCUGUUAUUGGAUCGAGGAGCCCGUGUCGCCUGUCACGAAUGGUGUGGCAAGUAUGGCUCUGCCUUGAACGCAGCCGUCAUCAAGGGCCACUGGAAUAUUGUGCACCUCUUGCGCGAGGCGGGAGCAAAGCCCGAUUGCUAUUCAAUGCAGAGGCCUGAUGAAGAAUGGCUGCUAAAAGUUCGACAAGAGGACGGCCCAGGAGCGGAGGAGAGAUAUCGGAAAUUCUGGGAGUUGGAGAAGCCGAUACAAGAGCAGACGCUUUUUUCACGACUAAGUUUACUUGUUGCAGUCUACUUGUCAUGGCUUCUUGUGCCAUUCCAGCUGUUCAUCUCUUUCCCGCUGACAAAGUCCAUUAGCCAAAAGAAGAGAGAAUAGGACUGAUUUGCUCAUGGCGUUGGGCCCUUGCGAGGGUUUGGCUUAA